AUGUUCACCUUAAUCAAUGUCAUGCUCAUGUUAGGUGUUCCUGCUGUCAUUGGACAAGUGAAACCUUGUGAUUUUCCACACAUAAAUCAUGGUCGUCUAUAUUAUGAAGACAGAUAUAAAUCAUACUUCCCAGCAUCCAUAGGACAGCGUUAUAGCUAUUACUGUGACAACAACUUUAUGACUGCUUCAAAUUCAUACUGGGAUUACCUUUAUUGCACCAAAGAUGGAUGGAUACCACAAGUGCCAUGCCUCAGAAAAUGCACUUUAUAUUUUGUGGAAAAUGGAAAAGAUUCACCUAGGGAAAGAACAUAUUGGCAGAAUCAAUCUGUAAAUGUUGACUGUCAUCGAGGAUAUAGUCUUCCAAAUGGGCAGACCAACAUUACAUGUACAGAGAAUGGCUGGUCCCCUCCUCCUAAAUGCCUACGUGUCAAUGAAGGAUGUGAUGUCCCUCAUAUUCCAAAUGGCUCCUACUCACCUGAAAGGAUUGAACACAGAACUGGAGAUGAAAUCACUUAUGAGUGUAAAGAAGGUUUUUAUCCUUCCACUCGAGGAACUAGAGCAAUAUGCACACGUGCAGGCUGGGUGCCUCGUCCAAGAUGCAGCUUGAAACCUUGUGAUUUUCCACACAUAAAUCAUGGUCGUCUAUAUUAUGAAACGAGAUUUAAACCAUACUUCCCAGUAUCCAUAGGACAGCGUUAUAGCUAUUACUGUGACAACAACUUUGUGACUGCUUCAGAUUCAUACUGGGAUUACCUUUAUUGCACCAAAGAUGGAUGGAUACCACAAGUGCCAUGCCUCAGAAAAUGUACUUUCAAAAAUGUGGAAAAUGGAAAAGAUCCAUCUAGAGAAAGAACAUAUUUUCAACAUCAAUCUGUGAAUGUUGAGUGCUAUCCAGGAUAUAGUCUUCCAAAUGGGCAGACCAACAUUACAUGUACAGAGGAUGGCUGGUCCCCUCACCCCAAAUGCAUUCGUGCCAAUGUUUCAUGUGUGAAUCCACCCACUGUAGAAAAUGCUAUUAUAAUAUCCCCUAAGAUGGCAAGGUACCUGUCUGGGCAUAAAGUACGUUAUGAAUGUAAUAGUCCUUUUGAAAUAUUUGGAGAAGCAGAAGUCAUGUGUCACAAUGGAGCCUGGACAGAAGCACCUCAAUGCAAAGAUUUUACAGGAAAAUGUGGACCUCCUCCCCCAAUUGAAAAUGGGGACAUUACUUCAUUCCCAUGGCAAGCGUAUCCUCAUGGUUCAUCGGUGGAGUAUCAAUGCCAGUCCAUGUACAAGCUUGAGGGGGAAAAGAAAAUAACGUGUAGAAAUGGGAACUGGGGGAAACCACCUAGAUGCUUACGUGCAUGUGUCAUAACAGAAGAAAUCAUGGAAAAACAUAACAUAACGCUUAAGAGUGGAGAAAAACAAAAGGUUUAUGCUGAAACAGGAGAUGUUGUUGAAUUUAAAUGUAUGCAGGGCUAUCUUCCCACCACUUCUCAGUCCUUUCAAGUAACAUGCUCUGACGGCCAGUUGGAAUACCCCCGGUGUGAUAAAAACUCCAAGAUGUUAGUAUAA